AUGUCGGUAGGUGUGUCCAAACUAUUAUUUUUUUCACAGUUCAUUGCAGAGUUUGACUUGCGCUCUGUGCAGUAUGAGGUGAAGUCUCCACGCCUCCAAGCAACUGUAGUUGCUGCAAAUAGUUCCCCACAUCCUCUGGAUGACCGACAGAAGCACACCGCAGCAGAAGCUCUAGAACAGCGCAGCACAGCCUCCUUACCACUCACUGAGGAGCUGCGCCUGGAGCUUGCCCGGGCGAUCGAAGCAGGCGACAGCCAGGCUGCUGCUCAGCAUGCAUCUGCUCUGGCUCACCAGAAGGUGGCGCUCACCAUCCAACUGUCUGAGAAGAGUUACGCAGAAGGAGAGAUACGUUUGGUUGUGGCAGUGGAGGACAUUUCCUCUUCCUGUUGCGUCACAGUGAAAGUUUUUCCACACAUGACUGUCGCAGCACUCAAGCAGCAGGUGUUUCUGGAGUAUGGCUUCCACCCUCGCGUGCAGCGCUGGGUGAUAGGGCAGUGUUUGUGCACAAAGCCCAGGUCCCUGGCCUCAUAUGGAGUCCAGAGGGAUGGGGACAUGGCCUACCUCUACCUGAUCUCAGCCCGCCAUGCCCGCCUCACCCGCCAGCUGUUCCAGCAGGACCAGGAGGGCAUCCUCCUCACCCCACCUCCGCCGACCAGCAACGGGUCUACGUCCCAGGACUGGAGGGGCUACAACCCCCUGCCCUCCAGGCUCAGCCACAACUCCCAGGGGAGCACCGGACGUGAGGCUGACAGGCUGGGUAUGAGCGAGAUCAGAGAGGCCCUCAACAAUAAACCUGAUCAACCCUGCAAAGCCAGUAAAACACAGACAGAAUGGGUUUGUCCCUCUUGCACCUUUAUCAACAAUCGUUCCCGACCAGGCUGUGAGAUCUGCAGUACAGCCAGACCUGACUCGGGAGCACCGCCUCAUACAACAGGAGAAAGGAAGGAGAGUGGAGCAGGGGGAGAUUGGUGCAUUGAUCAGUUGACUGCCUUGCAACCUAUACCAUAGCCUGGAUGACUGAUCACACACAACUGACACCAACUUACUGCUUCUUAGGUAAAAACCCACUACUGACAAACACUAGAGGUAUAUGGACGUUGUUGCACACAUGGAGCUCCACUUGCAGUGGCUCACAAAAGGAACUACCUGUAUAGUCAAUGGGAGCUGGCUUUUUGACUCUCCUCUGGACAUAAUGGCAGUCAGCAACCUUUGCCUUGUGGUAGACUUUCUAUUUAUUUAUUUUACAUUGGGGAGGGGUAGAAUAGUCCUAUAUUUAUUCCAGAGGGGUGGGUGGUGCUUCCCUUCUCUCUACCUGAUAUCGCAGAUGAGAGAAUAUGGUAUAUUUUGAAGUUGGCCAACUGGGAUACUUUUGAGUAUUGAAAGUGCAGUUUAAAACCAAGGCCUGUAUUCAAACUCAGAGUAGGUGUGCUGGUCUAGGAUCAGAUGUAUUUUAAAUCAUAAUUAUAUAGACAUGGGGGACCUGAUCCUAGAUCAGUACUCCUACUCUGAGAUACAUUGUGAAUACAGGCCCAGGUCUUGCUGGUCAAUGGGAUGAGGGGAAUUAGUUGCUAUGAGGCAAGUCUGUGGGAGUGACAAGGUUUUAAAGUGAUUUUAUUGUUGAUGCGUUUCACCUAUUUGUCAUAAGUUUCUCUGUCUGAACUGUGUUAGUGACAGAAUGUUAUGUUUUGUCAAACAUAACUGUAUAAAAUGGUGUUAGCUGAAUAAACAUACGUUGAUCAA